AUGGAAUUCGUAAAGUAUGAAACCGCCUCCCGUAAGUCGUCCAAGAAGAAACGACGGAAACUAUGUUUGAUCAUAAUUUUCGUCUUGCUGGGAAUUCUCUGCUUGUGUUGCUUUUUCGCAGGAAUCGCGCUUAUUGCAGAGGCGAGAAGAAACCGUAACACUGAUGAGAGUGAGCCGUCCAAGCAAAGCGACUGCGAUUAUUCGCAGGAGGCAAAGCGAGCUGGUCUCGAUGAUUUAUUUCAGAAAGCACAAAAUAAGUACUUUGAAUUAUACCCCAACAAGAUUACAGGAAAGCCUAACGUUUCGCCGGAGGAAGUCAAGAAGAGGUACCGCUCGUACGAUCCAACUCCUGCCAGCAUAAAACUAAUUGCCGAUGAAGCAGCAAAGAUUGCAGACGAAAUCGAGAAGAUGCCGAUUAGUAUGGAUAAGCUCACUCUGAGAGAGAAACGAGGCGUGGCACAAUUAUUGCAUUGGGCAAAACAUGCAUUCCCUUUCAUGGUACCGUACGGAUAUGACUAUUACGUUGGAGAUUGGAUGAUGGGACCAGAUAUAUUCUGCUGGUUCCCUAUCUGCAUGGUUCCUUCCGAGGUUGGGGCUGCUUUUAAACAUUUCAAACCCUCCACUGUAAGCGAUGUGGAGUUACUAAGAGACAGAUUCAAGGAACUGGAGAAUACUUUCAAUCAAUUUGUGGAAAACAUUAGGUUAGGAGUGGAUGCUGGAAUGGUUCGCACGAUCGAGGAAUGCAAGGCUGGGCUGGAUGGCUUGAAAGGCAGCUACAAAGAUGUGGCUUUGAAAGGGCCCUCAGGUAUCAAGUCUUUGAAAAUAUGUUACAAAAACUAAUAUGUUUUAACCCAGCAAGACGAAUGAUUGAAAUUCAAUUCUUUCAGUUCUUUGUUUGUGUUUCAACAGAUGUUUGGAGAACAACAUACUUGAACUUAAUUUAAAUUCACAGCAAUGACCCGAUUUGAAACCAUCUUUUUGAAAUAAAUAAAAUGCAUGACCUCCACUUGACUGUGAAGCAAAUAUGCAGUUAACAAUUACGGAAAGUAAUCCUUUCACUUGCUAUUGAAAGACGUUGCUAUAGAAAACAAUGCUCUCCUUGCUUUCCACGAAGUUCAAACGUAGUUAAUGUUUCGAUUACCUUUUCCGUGUUUGAAAGAGUAUGUGACAUUUGAAGUGCACCAUUCAAUCACAGUGCCUCUUCAUCUUGGGUCAUCGCUCACUUUUCUCAACAUGUCUAGACCUUUUGGGAAACUUAUUGACGCGAGACAGAUUGAACAUUAUUGCCAUGUAAACAUGCAGAUAUUUGUAAAUUUGAUAAUGCAGGAAAAGUGUUUAGUUAGUCACGAUACAGAAUAAUUUCGUGCAUGGAGGAAAAUUAAACAAAACAAAAUGACAUGAAUAACAGAUGUCGGCAAAAAAUCCAACUCUCAAAUUAAAUGACGCUGUCUCAGUGGAAUGGUACAUCAAUAACUAGGUGAAACAUUAUAUUGAAGUCCAAUUCAUUUUUUAACCCUCGAUCCCCAGCGGUGACUUCAUUUAAUCCUCCUUAUUAUGUCACCCUUGAAUUAUACAUUAAAGACACGAGAAUAUAAGAAGUAAUCACCAAUUAAAGAAGCUCUUGAUUGUUACACAAACUCUCCUCGACAGCAUCUUAGGCUAUGUAUAGAGAACAGUAAGGAGAAUAUACAAACUGAUGUUAGUGUGUAAUGGGUUUGGUAAUGCAGAAAAUUUUUUAGCGAAAUAGUGAAACCUAAUGCACGCACAUAUUUUUCGCCGAUGCAGGAAUUUACGAAGCGUCGUUCAUAAAGCUGGUCCUUGCUCCAGAUUUUAUCAAGAACAUGACAAAUGAUGAAAAGCAAAAGUGGAACGAUAAAUAUGGCAAAUCAGUGAGCGAUUCACUUCGAGAAUACGCUCUGGAGUAUGUUGGAAAGCCCAUAGACAACAUGUUAAAGUAUGUAUGUCUUCAUAAAAACAGUUUUAGGAGACAGAUGUGAGGACAGAUUCAGACUGAAAUUAAAGAUCCAGGCCUAAGCCGUGAUCGGCGUAUUUGGGUUCAGUUCCCUCAGUGGGCAAUGCAAGAGGACCUGACGCCUCUCACUAUUCAAUGACAUAAAUGGGUGUCAGGAAACUGUCAGGGAAACCUUUUCAACCCCCGUUUAAAGCAUCCCUUUUAAGCGUAAAAUUAUCAGAUAUAGGAUCCUCAAGACACAGAGACCAGAGUAAUUUUCAAUGGUUGCGAUAAUCAGUCUCGCAUACAGGCUUUACUUUUAUCAUUGUUGUUAUUCUUAUUGUUGUUAUUAUUAUUAUUAUUAUUAUUAUUAUUAUUAUCAUCAUCAUCAUUAUCAUUAUUAUUAUUAUUAUUAUUAUUAUUAUUAUUUUAGUAAUUUCAAUUGAUUCGAACGCCUGGGCAGUUCAGUAGAGGCUGAAAGCAUGAAACCAUCCACGACAUAUUGACGGGUAAUUGCCGUGGACGUGAUUGAGGAUGUUUGAAUCAUGCUCUAAAUUAACCUCUCUAUUUAUAUAUAUAUAUGUAUAGUUGCCAAAUCUUUCCCUCCUAAUGUCAAAUCAAAACACUCCAUCAUGCCUGUAUUCACGUACUUCUAUCGAAUACUACUUUCUAGAUUUAUAGAAACAUAUCAAAUACCACACUGUGCACCAGACAGUGUUUCUUAUGGCCUUGGAAGUUUACCACUUCUUUACGUUUAUGAAAACGGAGUUCGUACGAGUAAAGAGACCACGCAGAAGCUGCCAAGUGGAGAGAAGCUCAAUGGAAGAAACUCCUACAUCAAGUUACUGGCUCACUUUACCACCAACUCACAAACUCCGGAUGAAAUUUAUACACUUGGGGAAAAGAUGCGAGAUGAACUUUACAAUGAGGUAUACUUUUAAACGGUGAAAAUGAACAAAUUUGUUCAAUAUGUUAUUCCCAAUCAUUUCUGGUAAGCUAAAUAGCGCUUAUAAUCCAGAAAAUGUUUGUUUCCAGAUGCUGGACCCUUAAGCUUAACCCUUUCACUUAGUCUGCUAUACAUUUCAAAGUAUAUACAUUUAAAGUUUGUUCUGAGAAUUUGGUGUUGGAUCAGAUGAUUAUCCCUGGUUCACAUUUGUCGCAAUUCUCAUCACUCAGCUGCUUGAUACUGUAUUGAUACUGUAAGAAGAAUUAUGUGUCAGUCACACUCGGGAUUAAAACGGUUAAGAUAGAUGGUCAGUGUGUCGGCCCCUUCCUUUAUCUUCCAGCCAACUAAACUAUAAAGUUCAAGGUUACAAGGUACCAGUUGCAAACUCAAAAAUAUAAAAUCAACCAUCAUUCGCGUAGUGAAGCAAGACCAGUGGAAUCUCAAUUAAAAUUUCCCAAAAUUAUUUCUUUUUUCUUCCUUCCUUCAACAGCUUUUAGAGGUAGCCAAGAAAAUCACUAAAACUACUGACGAAGAACAAGCAAAGAUUACAUUUAAACGGCUAAUUGAUGAGUCCAGUCAGUAUUACAACGAUGGUGACAUCCCAGCAAACGAGUCUGAUGCAAAUGCACACAAAGUAUGCAGCAGUGUUCAAGAUGCAAAGAAAUACUGCCCCAAACGUUUUGCUGCCAUGACCAAAUGGUUUUCCCAUGCUAAAGAAGUAAGAAAAAAAGUUUGACAAUUAGUAUAAAAAAUAGUUUUAUUGAAAGUGCUAGAAAUAAUUUUUAGUGCACCAGGUCGACAUACGUAACAGGAUAAUUUAGUGUCAUCAAUUUAGUUGAUAACGUAAAUUAGCCACCGUAAAGAGUUUCAAACCUGACAUUUAGAGCGUUAGUCCUUCGUCAUAGAGAAGGGCUUACGCUCGACGAAGGGCUAGCGAUCGAAACGUCAGCUUUAAAACUCUUUACGGUAGCCAAUUCACGUUAUUCACUCAGUUGAUAAUACCAAAUUACCCUGUUAUACUCUCCCACCGACGCAGCACCUCAGUUUCUUUAGAAACUUAACUUACCCCUUUAUUCAUCCGAUAUACGUAACCUCUUGUUAAUAUGAGGCGAGAGAUCCAAGAGAAAAUACUCUAACCAUGGUUUUAAGAUUGUCCGAGGCAGCAUGUAACCUAAAACAUUUUCUGGACCGACUAUCUUUGGUCACUAAUUUCCAAGUUUGUCUUUGUCCUUGGGUUAAUUGGUAUACACUCGAUUGUAGAAACGAUGACACCCAAUAAAGUAUGAUCCAUGAACAAUGAGACCAAAAGGCUUUAUAAGAAAUAUUCGCACAAUCACAUAAUCAGUGCUUCACUCUCUGAUUUUAAUCGAAAAACUUUGUUUACGACAAUUCCUUUCUUUCAGGAAAGCGUGGAUGCAUGGCUCCUAUCAUUAACCACGUUCAACUUAUUGUGGUUAUUAUGGAAAUGUGUAGCCAUAAAGCAAUUGGGUCUUAUCGUUCAUUGCUAACGCUUUUCAACUGUCAAAGUUUUUGCAAUCGAGUGUAAAAGCGGAAUUUAAUGUUACGUUAAUGUCGUGAAUGCGUCGUUUGUAUGGUGCCAGUUGUGGUUGACACCUGUCAAGGGGAGUAUUUUCUAAGCCAGUAAGCCAGAUUUCAGAGUAAGUCGUUGAAAGUAGUUUGUGCUGUAGAUUAGGCAUUGCACAAAGUCCUAGUCAAUAGAGUGUGGUUCGUAAGUCGAUGAUGUUCAGCAAUGUGAUUGUUGACAUUACCUUUCCUCGUCGCUCGCUUGUGUUCACUUACUCUUCUGGUGAGGUUUCUUCCAGCCUCUCCAAUGUAGGAGGCAUGGCAGUCGGAGCAUUUGAUCUUAUAAAAAAACGAGCCAACUAGACGACUAAACGUUACCGUACUGGACAUCAACAGAAACUGACACGACUGUUACGUAACAACGAACAGAGACGAAGUAAACCGGACGACAAUUGGUAAGAAACAACUCCUCCCGUCCCGUAGAAACUCGUGUAUUGUCAUACGGACUGAAACAUUGAAACAAGUUACACCGUCCCUGGUCGCAAGUAUUGUACACUUUUGUCAGUGUAAGUACCUGAUACACGAGCUUCCAUGUACUUGAUCAUUUGAUAAAAGGCAAAACCUAGGCACAAAAAGCGCCUAAUAAGUAAUUCCUAGUGAUAUAUGUUUACUUUUAUUUUUAUUUCAUUUUUUCAUAGAUUAUGGCAACUUUAGAUUAUGAGACAGCAGACCUGUUUUAUUUUACUGGCCCUUACCAUUCCACUCCAAACUGUCCCAUCAAACUUGACAUCGAUUUCAAUCCAUCCAGUGGUGUACCAUUUUACCAAAGCUCUGACAAAAAUUGCUCCAGGACUGCCAGUUACAACAUUCCGUUCUUUCUUGGGAGGCCUGGGCCCAGAUAUGAAGCAGUCACGCUGGCAGCACACGAAGCGAGGCCUGGGCACCAUACCCAAGUGAGUCGAACCCAAAGGGGGUCUUUUUAUAAACUGUUUCAGAACCAAUGGCUUAUCGGAAAAAAAGAGUAAUAUUACCAGGGAGCUAGCAAAUGGCCUCCAGCGUGAGGAAACAUAAAUUUUCCUGUGCAGUCGAGUAAAGCGAAUUUGGUCUGUAAUCAUAAAGCACAAAUUUCGCGACACGAAGUUUCAAUUGCCACUUUGUCGCAUCCAUUUAAAAAUCGCAAUAUUUAAUCUACCAAACAAAAAACAGAAAAAGACAAUUUCAAAACUGGCCACACAAUGGCUUCUUUUGCCGGCUUUCAUUUUCCUGCAUGAUUGCGGUUAAUGUAAACAAGUCUGCAAAUCUGAUCACUUGUUUUGCUUUAGUGUUGCUUUCUCAUUGAACAAAAAAUUAGUGCUAUUCGUGAAUAAAUUUCUCUGCUGAGAGCCAAUCAGAUUGGCUCACAUAAUAGCCAACCAGAUCGUGACCAUUUUAAGCAUGUCUUUUCUGGCCUGCCCUUAUCUCCUUUAAUAAAAAGAAAGCUAGAGUAAAACUUUCUUUGAAAGUACAAUUCGUCGAAAUUUCAAAUGAAAUUAUCGUCACAAAGACUAUCGGUUUUUCUUAAAGAGACUUAGGCUCAUCUUUUUUUCGAACCAAUUUUGGCGAAAGGAAAAAUGUUAAAUUUGAAUUCGGCAGUCGAAUGAAAAACAUUGCUAUUAGUUUGGUUGAGAGCUUUGGACAAAGAAGAGCUAGACUUCAUAAUGACCUUGGCCACUAUCGAACUCUCUGGUGGUGGUGCAUCGAACCUACGCCCGGACGUCUCAGCUCAGAGUCUAAAGAGAUAAAAGUUCGGAUACAUCAGCAUCCUAAACAGGACUUUAAGAUUUGGACUGAUUGAGCAUGAUGUGCGUUGCUAGAUUAAACUUAACUCUCACACCACUGGUACAGCUGUUUGCCAAAAAAGUUUAUUCUUCCCUUCCCCCAUCCCUAUCUCACUUCCUCGUUCUUAAAUCAAUGAGAAAGGUUACUACGACUCAGACUAUAAAGAACGUCUAUGCAGUCGGUAUUGCGCAUGCUCGAUACUUAUACUUCCUUAUACGUGUAUCAGGUGCAAGGUUAUAUCGAACAGUUUUCGGACUCGUGCAAAGGACCUAUUGGCUGGAUUGCUGACAGUACCCUGUAUCUCACCUUCUCAGAGGGCUGGGCACUUUACACAGAGAAUCCACUGAUUCCCGAACAUACCACAGCGUAUGAUAGUGAUCCAAUAAGCAAGUAUGGCAUGUUAAAAUGGCAGGUGAGUUCCCAGAGUCAUCUGACUUUAAGAUGUCAACUAGAGCAGUUUGUCCCAACUGGGUACAACCUUUGAGUCACCGCUCUCAUUGAGGAGAUACAAUGUCCUGUUUUUCUUAAAGUUUAAGUCAUUUAACCUAACUAUCAGUGAAUAAAAGAUUUAAGGGAAAGAAAUUUAUGGUAAAUGGUUUGCUUCUAAGGGAAAUUUUCCUUUGCUUGUUAUGUACAUUUCAGUAUAAUUUGCUUAAAGGAAGAUUGGGAGAUGGAGGAGGGGUCCCGGAAAACUGUGUUAACCCAGUUGACCGAGUUCAUAUCAAGAAACCUUAGAGCGUGUCCGAGUUUCUCUCCCGUCCGUGGACCCAGUAGCCUUCAACUGGCGAUUAUUGAUAAAACGCUUGACCAGCUUUUUAAGAUGUACUAGGAGUAACCUCUGUUCUGGUUCCCUCUUUGUUUAGAUCUGGCGAGCAUUACGCCUGAUGAUGGACACGGGGCUUCACGCGAAGGGACGGAAUCGAGCCUGGGCGCUGAAAUUGUUUGCAGACUACGCCUGGGACACUAGUGAUAUAGCCGUGAAGGAAGUAACACGCUACCAAAGCAUUCCGGGACAAGCCGUCACCUACAUGAUAGGACAACUCGCGAUCAUGAAAUUCCGAGACAAAGCUAACAGUACGCUGAAUGAGAAGUUCAACAUUAAGGACUUUCACUACCAGGUUCGAUAACAUCUUGAUUUACUAACGCAGACAACCGUCUUUGAAAUCAAGGAAUCGACAAAAUGGAAUAAUUAGUAUCUCAAUAAUUCAACACCACUGGGAUGAGAUUUAUCCAAAAAGAAAAAGGGCUGUUUAACCCUUUAACUCCCAGAAGUGAUUAACAUACAACUUCUCCCAAAAAUGUCCAUGCAUUAACCAACAAACAGGUAAUAGGAAUAUACAAAAUAAUCAAGCAGAAGACGUUAUUUUGAUCUAACACCAAAUUCUCACGACUAAUAAACAAGGUAAUAUGCAGUAGCAAGAGGAGAGAAUUAACAAUCAGAUCUUGGGAGGUGAAAGGUUAAUGAUAACGAACAUCACAAAUAUUUAAAACGACGACCAUGAAAAAGUCUAGGCUUAUUUUUAAGGACGUAAAAAACACACGCGUAGCGUAACUUUUCAAGUAGGUAUCUGACGAAAUCCUGCUUUGAUUCUAGGUUCUCCGUCAAGGUCCUUCUCCACUCACCUACCUUGAAGAGGUGAUAAAUAAGUACAUCUCCUGUGUACAAGACGAGGAACAAAAGGGCUGCGAUGAAGUCAUGAAGCCGCCAGCAUCUAAAUUUUACGGCUCUCAAAGAAGAUCUGUGUUUGCGGACAUGCAGCUUUCCCCCUGGGUUAUGUGACAUUUAUUUCAAUAGCACAAACAGUGAGCUAUCUUAUUUACGUUUUUUAACUAGUCAUCGUUAUCCAAGCUUGCAAAUUCAACAAAUAUUUACUGCUCUAUGUUCGUUACUGUACAUAGAAAAUUUACUCUUUAGUUAUCAUUUAAAUUGUAUGCGGAAUGUCAUAGGGCUGACUCUGGGUAGUUCCUUAGUAGUUGUUUUAUGGGCAGGUUUUCAUUUCCCUCACCUUGAAUAAAAUUCAUGUGGAAAAAACGUCUUGCUCCACCUAGAUCAUAGCUUUUGGACUUAAAUGACUCUAUCGUUUGCUUUUUAUUGCCCCUGAGAAGUUCAACUUUAGAGCCCUUUCAGCUUCCGAAACAACGUCUAAGCGAAAACAAACAGGAAACAAAUGUGGGAUCAGUUUGAAGUAAAAACAAUUAGUAAUGUAAUGCAUAUGAAAGCGAUCUUCGUGUUAAUGUACUGCAUUGUCCGUGUAGACCUCCUUGUAGUAACUAUUGUUAGAGGACUUUUUCAAACUCUGCCAAAAGGUUGUUUAUCAUAUAGGACAGGACCGCUAUGAACAAAAUCUUUAUUUACGCACGUCCGUGCGUAAAUAAGAUGACGUGAGCAUUUUUUGUUUAUUGUUGCUCUGUUCUAAAAGAAUUUGCUCGUGCUUUUAGCUGUGCGUAUAUCGAGUUAUGGAUGCACUUGGGAAGUUUGGAGAGCACUCAAAAAGCUAGAGUUGCUCUCGGCUCGAACUACUCUUACGCAUUUUUCGUACUCUCCAAACUUCCCGCGUGCAUCCAUGACUCAAUAUACGCACGCUAAGCAUGAACAAAUUCUUAAUUUGUAUAUACGCAACAUCCUCUAUGACAUCUUUAUAAUUAUCAUCUUAUGUACUUCCCUUGGAAACGAAGAUAUACAACGUCUCCUCAUUUUGUACUAGAAAUUAAUUAACAUACAAUUAUAGUAUAGGAAUAAAAUUAGCAAUGUGAAAUAAUUAAAAAAAGACUUCUUUCUCGCUUGUGAUUGAAUGAUUUUAUAACAGCCGCCGACGAGCU